UCAAUUCUGGAUAUUCCAGCUGGGCUCCCAAGAGCAUCAUGAAGCCAGAAGUCCUCUGGCUCCUACUGGGGCUCUUUGUGUUCAAGGGCAGUGCGGAGGCACCAGACUAUGGUGAAGAGGUCAAGAAAGGGAAGAAAGGAUUCUGCGCUGCCUCCCCCAAUGGGCUGUAUAACCCUCCCUGCCACGUGGAAUGCGAAGGGGACAGGGAGUGCCCCGGCGAAGCAAAGUGCUGCGAAUUUGCCUGCAGAUACGUCUGCAUGCCCCCCAGCAGAGAGAAGCCCGGGGUUUGCCCACCCCCACUGCUGAAGAAGCUGCACGCCCCUCUCAUGUGUGGCUCAGCCUGCACGGAGGAUGCUGACUGCGGAGGGCGGCAGAAGUGUUGCGAGUCGGGCUGUGGUGGCCACGUGUGCAGGAUGCCUCCUCAAGAGAAACCUGGGAAGUGCCCCCGGAAGCAACGGGUGAAGCCAUCCGGAGAAGAGGCGACGUAUGACACCUGUGCCCACGACUGGGAGUGCAAAGGGGCGGAGAAGUGCUGCUUCUCGGGCACCUCCAUGAGAUGCAUCGAUGUGCACCAAGGCACCAGGGCAGGAAGCAGCAGGCCAGAGGCCCCUGCCCCCAGCGUCUCAUAAAGAAGGAUCCCGAGGACUGUCGGGUCUGGCUGUGAAGACUCUCCCUCCAGAAGGCAGCAUGUGGGCAGGCCCAUCUGCAGCAGGGAGUCCCGGAGAGGCAGCCUGGGGAGCACAGCCCUUGGGAAACUGGGGCAAUCCCUGGGGGGCAUUUUCUUCCAGCUGCCCUCUGUUGCCUCCCUCUGGCCACCUGUGAUACUGCUUCCUGCCUGUCCUCCUCCCUCCCUGCCUGCUUGCCCUGUCUGUCCAGCCAGGCUUCCUUUGGGCAGAGCUCCCUGGGGCUGCAUCUUGGGCCAUCUGCAGGUUCUCAGCUAGAUGGUGACGGCUCGCUCCUCCAUGUCGUGUGCACAGACUGCAGGGCCGGGACUCUUCACACUUGGGGGGAAAGGAGGCCUUCAUCCUGUGAGCGAGUCCCCAGUUAAUCAACAUAUAGCAGGAUGGGGGAGCGACAAAUUGGGAGCCCAAAGCAGACGAAGUCACAAUUUCCCGGCAUGUGAAGAAGAAGCCAACAAAGAAUCGAAAAGUGCCCCUUGGCUUUUGCUGGCAACCAACUGAAACCAGCUGGCCCCUUGGCAUCUGCGUGUAUUGAUUCAUGUUUGGCAUGUAUUGAUGUCAGGCGUGAACAUAAAGAACGUACUUGCCAACAUCUUUGCAGUGUCACAACCA